GGUCCGUUUGUUAGAAAUGCAGCCAAACCCGCUUACACAACAAGAUUUACCAGAAAGUUGGUUUUGGAUUAAUGUCUGGAGAACCGUCGACAUUGCUUUCUCAGAUACACCUUUUGUAUUUUUCGUUGGAGGAGAAAAAGCAGGAUUGGCAAGCACAGAAAGGAAAAACCGUGGUAGAACUUUGAAUAAUAUACAUCAAAUGCAACGAAAGAAGAUUGGAAAGAAAGGCGAUGGCACAAAACUCAUAAAGGAACGUGGUUUGAGUUUGCCAAAAACUUUGAAAGACAUCUUUAUAUCUCUUGCACGUAAG